AGCCAGCUGCCCCGCCUCCGCGCCCCGCCCGAUCUCGGCUGCUUGACCCCCGCUCCCGCGCCUCGUGCACUCCGCCUCCGCCGCCGCCAGAUCCGGCCCCAGGUCGAGGUCGGAGAGCUGCCAUGGGUUCAGACAACAUCGGCCCCAGAGAUGUCUGCGUUGUCGGGGUCGCCCGCACCCCUAUGGGUGGUUUCCUCGGCGCCCUGUCUUCCUUGUCUGCUACCAAACUCGGCUCCGUAGCUAUCGAAGCUGCUCUGAAAAGGGCAAAUGUGGAUCCAUCCCUUGUGCAGGAGGUCUUCUUCGGCAAUGUCUUGAGUGCUAACUUGGGGCAAGCUCCUGCAAGACAGGCUGCCUUGGGUGCAGGGAUACCAAACACGGUUGUUUGCACUACCGUCAACAAAGUCUGCGCGUCUGGCAUGAAAGCAACGAUGUUUGCUGCACAGUCGAUUCAAUUGGGCAGCAAUGAUAUUGUAGUGGCAGGUGGCAUGGAAAGCAUGUCGAAUGCUCCGAAAUACAUCGCUGAAGCUAGAAAAGGUUCUCGUUUCGGACAUGACAGCCUUGUUGACGGUAUGCUUAAGGAUGGCCUUUGGGAUGUAUACGGUGAUUGUGCCAUGGGAGUGUGUGCUGAGCUUUGUGCUGACAAUCAUGCUCUGACAAGGGAAGACCAAGAUGCUUUUGCUAUCCAAAGUAAUGAGCGGGGAAUUGCUGCUCGUGAUAGUGGCGCUUUUGCAUGGGAGAUCGUUCCGGUUGAAGUUCCUGUUGGCAGAGGAAAGCCACCGGUGCUUGUUGAAAAAGACGAGAGCUUAGACAGGUUUGACCCAGCGAAACUGAGGAAGCUCCGCUCAAGUUUCAAGGAGAAUGCUGGUACUGUUACUGCCGGGAAUGCUUCUAGUAUAAGUGAUGGUGCUGCUGCAUUAGUAUUGGUGAGUGGGCAGAAGGCUCAAGAACUUGGACUGCAGGUUCUUGCAAGGAUCAAAGGAUUUGCCGAUGCAGCUCAAGCUCCCGAACUAUUUACCACUACCCCGGCACUUGCCAUACCGAAGGCUCUCUCAAAUGCUAGCUUAGAAUCUUCAUCUGUUGAUUUUUAUGAAAUUAACGAAGCCUUUGCGGCUGUUGCACUUGCAAAUCAGAAGAUUCUCGGAAUCCCUUCAGAAAAGAUUAAUGUACAUGGAGGAGCAGUGUCUUUAGGACACCCUCUUGGAUGCAGCGGUGCUCGCAUUUUGGUCACCCUUAUUGGUGUCCUCAGGGAGAAGGGUGGCAAAAUCGGGGUGGCCGGCGUCUGCAACGGUGGAGGCGGCGCAUCCGCACUUGUUCUCGAGCUCGCGUAGAAGCGCAAACCAAAUCCUGUAACAACCAAAAUAUAAUAUAGUGCCUGGUUGUGUUCACUGAGCAUAUAGUACAAGAGAAAGGUUGGCGGUGGCCUUAUUUCAGGUGCUAUUGUGUCAACAUGUAAAAUUGUUUCGUGGCAGUAGGCAUGAAUUUGGGGUACCCAGGAAUUUGUGUUUGCAAUUUUGGGCCAGUUUUCGGGAUGACGUUUGUACUCCCAUUUUCCACUGUAGCUAUCUGGAUGCUAUAGUAAGCUUAUAAUAAUUUUCGCAAUAAAGCAAUGUUUUGUCCA